AUGGCAUCUCGAUUAAAUGAUUUGCCGCCUGAAAUUUUACAUAUUAUAUUUACAUAUCUUUGGGCAAAUGAAAUGUUUCACUCAUUAUAUAAUAUAAAUCAACAUAUGAAUUCUGUUCUAUAUAGUUAUGAUAAUUAUUAUUUAGAUUUUCGUAAUACACAUAAGAAAACUUAUGAUCUUUUAUUAACGGAUUUAAAACAUAAAAUAAAAUGUUUAGUUAUUUCAAAUGGCUAUUCAGUUCCUCGUUUUACACAUAUUAGAAAUUUUUCAGAACAACAUAAUUUAUCUGAAUUUAUUCGACUUGAAAAACUUUCACUUAUUGAUAUUGAUGAAGAAUAUUUUCUUGAAAUAUUACCAAAUAUAUACAGAUUUAACAAGUUAAAAUGUCUUAAAUUGGAUAGACUUCCAUCAUAUACAGGUUUAAGAUUUAAAAAUAUUGUAUCACGAUUAAUUCGAUUGGAUUUACCAGAUGCAGCAUUUUUUGAUCAAUUAUCAGAAGAACAUAUUCAAAAUUUAAAAUGUUUAUCUGUUGUUCGUUGUACAUUUGAACAAUUAAAACAUAUAUUUUAUAUUGUACCACAAAGAAAAUUUCAAGCGUUUGCUUUAACAAAUGGAAUUUUUUCGGCUAUCGGAGAUAAUAGUUGGCCAAAGUUUGCUCGACUACCCUAUAAACUCAAACGGCUCAAUUUACAAAUUGAUAUUCAAUCUAUAACAUUAAAUGAAUUAGAAGAAUUACUAUCACAAUUGCCUCGUCUAGCACAUUUAGAUAUAAAAACCGAAGGUGAUAUUGAUUUAGCGAAUGGUCAACGAUGGGAAGAGUUUUUACAUGAAACUUAUGGAAAUCAAUUAAUUGAAUUUGAUUUCUGUUUUACAAUUUGGUCCUAUAUGAACAUGAAUGCAAAUCAAAUUAUUAAACAAUUUUCUAGUCCAUACUGGCUGAAUCGUAUUCGCCCAUGGUACGUCUCAUACAAUGGUCGUGGUCUAAUUUAUACAGUUCCACGUUAUACAUCAACAUGUUCUAGAUCAGAUAAUAUGUUAACAUGUCGAACAACAGCAAAAGAUAAAAGACUAUUUUUCAAUACAAUUAAUCAAUUAACAAUUCAUAAUCCAACAAUAAUUCCUGAAUAUCGUUUUGAUAAUAUUGAUUUUUUACGAAUCAGUGAUGAUGCUUUUGAUUCAACAAAUUAUAAUAUAUUGUCAAUUGUUGAUUUAUCACGAAUAAAACAAUUAGAAAUUUCCACAACAAUUCCGCAUGAUUUACUAAAUCGUAUGCCUAAUUUAUAUCAUUUAUCAUUAAUUAAUAUAAAUUCUUUAGUAUUAAGCUUACAUAAAAUUGGUUGGUGCUUAAAAUUUGAACAAAUUCGUGUUCUUGAUAUAAUUUACAAUCCAAGAAACCAUCGUUAUACAGAUGUUCGACCAGACGUAUUAUGUCAAAUGUUUCCCAAUGUUAUUCGAUUAUCAAUGCAUGGAAUGCCUAUACGUCGAGCUUAUUUAAAUCGAGUUAUUGAUAGAUUUCGAAAAAUGAUUUAUGGAAAGUUUCAAAUUAAUUGGAACAAUGAACAAAAGGAGAGAGCAGGAAAAGAUCUUCAAAGAGAAACUUGUAGAUUAAUAUCAAAUAAUGAUGAAACAAAUUUUUGUUUGCAUUUUGAACAUUUUUAUUUACAUUUAUUUAUUUGGGAUACACCACAAUAA